CCAUAUGCUUAUGGACAUACAUAUAUUAUGCCAAGCUGCCGCAGCGAGCAUCUAAUAGAUUAUUAAACGUUGCAACGACAAGAACAGCAAGAGCAAAUUCGCGCCCAAGUGCAUCCUAGAUUAUUAGCAACCCAAAAAACAGUUCUAUACUUCAGGUAGUGGUAACGUUGGUGAACUUGAGUUCCAGAAGCACAUACAAAAAUUCUUCGAGUGCUGUGAAAAAGAAAAAUACAUAUCAAGAAAUUGUUUAGUUCUAAAAUGUUACGUCCACAACACAAAGCAAGAGUGUAUCUAUUUACACUGGGAAUAAUCCUUAUUUACUUUAGUGGCACAUGCAGCUCAUCUCAGCCGCCGUAUCAAGUGUCACUUUUUGUCUCACUGCAUCCUCGCGCACCGCCAAUACAUUAUUGUAAUGGAGUAAUUGUGCAUAGUCGUUUGGUCUUAACCACCGCCAGUUGUACCUACUAUCAGUCGUCAGUGAUUGAAGCGGAUGGUAUGCCUGCGUUGCGUAUUCCAGUGGAAAAAAUCAGUGUUGUGCCAGGCAUAGCGGGAAGUUAUAAUGUUGUGAAUACCUUCAAUGUGUUAGAUGUUAACAUUGCGCAAGGUUUUAAUAGCAGCACUUUGACGAAUAACUUGGCGCUUCUCCAUUUGGAUACGUCCUUGCCGUUGGGCCGACGCGACGAUAUCCAAUGGAUUAUAUUAGAUGGUUAUGGGCACGAAGCGGAAGGAUUAUAUAUGGCGGCAUUUCCGUCAUUAAAUGAGGAUCCACAUUACAUGAUGUUGGAGAAUCUACGAAUAUUGCCUAAUGAACAAUGCGCACAAGCGGAUGUUAUAGCGCCAAUUAUUCGAAAGGAGGACAUUUGUACACGUUACCCAUAUGCGAAUUUAGUUGGACCAGAUUGCGAGUUGCCCGCCGAUUUCCCCGCAUUCAACUCCGAUUAUGGCACAGGACUGAUUAUCCGCAGCCACUUGGUUGCCUUGUUUUCGCACGCCAUUGCGAGUGCCAACAACCAAACUACCACCAACUGCCAUGAUCAGCAACACCUGAAGGCCAUUUUCACUGAUGUGGGACCACAUUUGGAUUGGAUUUACGGUAUUAUCGCAUAUGCGGAAGCGUUAGCCUUAACCCAAAACGAUUUCAUGAACUCGGCGCCUUACCAGCAAAUUGGCAAUAGCGCCAUUAUGCAUGUGUCCAAAGCAGCAGAGUCAACAUCGUUGGCAAUAGGUUCAACAAUAGCAACAACGCUGGAAACAACAGUCACGACUACUACUAAGACAGCUACAGCGAUGUCAAGCACCACAGAAGUAAAUUCGCCGCAGCCACUUAGCGUGAGCAGAGCACACAAGGCUACAAAUUUAGAGUUUGCGACUUUGCUCAACAGUUUAAUGCUUUUUUUGAUUUUUGCAUAUUUCAAAAACUGAGUGUGUAAUUCAAAAUUGAAACGGAUGAUGAUUUUCGAAUACCGUAUUCGUAUUCUCUUCAUAACAUUUCGUUAUGCUGCGAAAUUCACAUUUCAUCAAGUUUUGUAUGUUAGCUUAACAUAAGAAUAUGGUUGUAAAUAUAGGUGUAGUUAGUGUACGAUAAGACUGAUAAGCAACGAGAUAUUGAAGCAAUAAAAAUUUCAUAUUAUUUUCAUUAAA